CAAGGACGGAUCACGGCCGUUCAACUGGCAACGAACACCGCACCACGCCGCGUGGCCCAAAGAGCUCGCCCGCAGGAUAAGAGACAUGCGCGCCAAGCUCGCCGUGCUCGCCGCCGGCGCCCCUCCGCCGCCGCGUCCCCCGUACCGCUCGCCGCGCCAUCGCCUGCGCCACAGACUGCCCCGCCGGUCGCUGAAAACAACCCGCUCCCUGCCCGGCGGCGGACGCGGACCGCCCCCGCCCCCAGCUUCGAGGCGGCGCGCCUUGCCGGCCGUCUCAGCGGCGCUCUUCGGCGCGGGGUUCCUCCUGGGCCCGAUCCUCGACGGGAUCCACUCCCGCGUCGGCCUCCAGGUCUACGGCAACGGCGCCCUCGACGUGGGGCCCCUCCACACCCACGUCCUGGUGCCGCCCCUGCUCGGCGCGUUCUACCUCACCGUCGGUCUGCUCCACCUAGCCAUCGACGGGAGGGCGCCGCCCAAGUCCAAGGCCACCGGGAGCACGCAGAAGACGGCGACGUCGCUUCUUGUUCUUGCUCUGUUCAUCGAGCUGAGCGCGGAGCUGUACGGGGCAGGGGUGCCCAGCAACGUGGAGUCCUACGCCCUGUUCGCCGGCGCCGAGUUCGCGUGGCUGUUCCUCGACGGCUCCUGGCUCGGCUUCGCCCUCGCCUGCCUCGUCGGCACCGUCUGCCCCCUCGCCGAGAUCCCAUUGAUCAAAUUGCUUGGGUGCUGGAGCUAUCCGAACGCCGACGUCCACCUGCUCGGCGAGGGGCUCGUGAGCUGGACGACGACGUGCUACUUCGUCUACACCCCGUUCCUGGCGAACCUGGCGAGGUGGCUCGACGCGCGGCUGUCAGUGGCGGACGGCGGCGCCGGCGCCGAGGGGGACGACACAGCACCUCCGUCGUGACACCGGGAACAUCACCACGCUCGUGGCAUCCUGCUCCGUUCACCUUGCAGGAUUCCAGACUGAAUGGAAAAAAAAAACAUUGUGAUCGUCGAUGUACAGUUGCACGAUUAUUCAGAAUUCGCGGCGUUGCGCGGCGCCAAGUGGCA